ACUCAGUUUCGCGUUGUCAGAAAAAAAUUGACUGAGAAGUAGCUCUUUAUUUCGUAAACACAUUUCGUAACCAUUCAUUUGCAUAAACAGAUUUACAAGAAUUAACUUAAAAAAACUGUAACUUACGUGAUACUGCAGCAUAUUAAUCAGAUUUCAGUCAUCCUGAAGAGUUAACUGCCUCAUAUCUGAAAGAUGUUAAAAGCGAUUAUCAUAAUUGGGGGCCCUCAAAAAGGUACCAGGUUCCGCCCCCUGUCAUUCGAGGUGCCCAAACCUCUGUUCCCUGUGGCAGGAGUUCCCAUGCUGCAGCAUCACAUAGAAGCCUGUGCCCAAGUUCCUGAUAUGAAAGAGAUCAUAUUAAUUGGUUUUUAUCAGCCCAAUGACGAACUUAACCACUUCAUUUCUUCUUCUCAGCAGGAGUUUAAUCUUCCUUUUUGUAUCUCAAGGUACCUGCAGGAGUUUGCCGCCCUGGGUACAGGUGGAGGGAUCUAUCACUUUCGUGACCAGAUCCUGUCUGGGGGUCCAGCUGCAUUUUUCCUCAUGAAUGCUGAUGUAUGCUCUGAGUUCCCGUUGAAGGAAAUGCUUCGGUUUCACCGUCAACAUGGCGAGAAUCAUUGUGGAGUCUUGCUUGGAACUACAGCCAAUAGAACACAAUCUCUGAACUACGGUUGCAUUGUGGAAAACCAUGAGACAAAUGAGGUGCUCCAUUUUGUGGAGAAACCUAGUACUUUUGUAAGUGACAUUAUCAACUGUGGUAUCUAUUUGUUCACACCAGAUAUUUUUGGACACAUUGGGAAGGUUUUCCAGAGGAAUCAGCAAGAGAGGAUUCAGGAAGAGUUCACUAAUGGCAAGCAGAUGGCAGAGGUGAUUCGGCUAGAACAGGACAUCUUUACAACCCUAGCAGGACAGAAAAAACUCUUUGUCUACAAAACACAGCAUUUCUGGAGUCAGAUAAAGUCUGCAGGGUCAGCAAUAUAUGCUAGUCGUUUGUACCUCAAGCAGUAUCAUCAGACACAUCCCGAGAGACUAGCCACAAACCAAGACGGAACCCCCAAAAUUAUAGGAGAUGUUUAUGUCCACUCGACAGCAAACAUUGAUCCCUCUGCUGUGUUGGGUCCUAAUGUUUCCAUUGGCAAAGGAGUCACAAUUGGAGGAGGCGUAAGAGUGAGGGAGUCCAUCAUUUUACAUGGAGCCGUGUUACAGGAUCACUGUUGUGUGUUGAACAGUAUUGUUGGGUGGGACAGUACAGUGGGGAAAUGGGCAAGAGUAGAAGGAACUCCAAGUGACACCAAUCCCAACGACCCAUAUGCCAAGAUUGACAGUGAGACACUGUUCAGGGAAGGAGGUCUAACCCCAUCCAUCACCAUCCUUGGCUGCAAUGUGAGUAUUCCAUCAGAGGUCAUUAUUAGGAACUCUAUCGUUUUGCCUCAUAAAGAUCUCAGCAGGAGCUUCCAAAACCAGAUUAUCCUAUAGAAGACACUUUCCUCUAUUGUGUUUAUAAAUAAACACUGUAGGGUCAUGUAGAAAGUAUGCCUAAAGAUUGCACAAAGUAUUGUUUAUCAUUAUUUAAUGUUUAUGUAUUUGUUAGUUACAGUUCAAAGAAAAGGAGUCCACUUGUGAGGUCAAAUUGUGUUGCAGUAAUAUAGCAUGAAAAAUAUGGUUCAGCUGUGAAUUUUCCUAAUAAUUUUAGGACUGGGAAUUUUGUACUGAAUAGCUCAUUCUAUGUUGAUACAGCAGCCUUAUACACAUACAGUAACAUAACUAGAUUUUAGUUUUAUUCCUUCAUUACAAAUCACGCAUACCUGUACUGCCUUUUUAGGAAAACAAGGAGUGAGCAAUGAAGUAUUUUUUAGAAACUGACACAUCUGAAGCCAAAUAUUUUUGGCAGGAAUGUAAAAGAUGGUGAUAAGGUUUAGUAAAAAAAAAAAGGUUGAGGAUUUUAAUUUUUGUUUUCUGUUGCAACAAUGUAUUAAAAUCAUUUAACUACAGAAACAUCAGAACGUGUGGAGUUUUAUCAUAACAAAUUGACGAGUCCCCUGUUUGAGCCACCAGACUGAGCCUAAUGCUUUUAUAUUUUAAUUAAAAGAUUAGAAAAAAUUAAUUGAAUACACCACAAUGUUUUAAACAUGUUACUGAAAUUUCCAUAUAUCAAAUGAUUGAGUAAUGGAAAAAAUAAAACUGAUAGUGCCGUA